CAUAUAGAGGUAUAAAACGCGCUCCAUUUCUUAUCCCCAAUCCCUUCAUUCGCCUGCCUGCCUGCCUGCCAUUGUGUUGGCUCAGAGAAGUAGGAAGCCGAUGUCUCUCUGCAGCGAGUCGCCGUCCGCCGUCACGAGCAGCGACGGAAGUGGUUAUGCUGGUAGCGGAGAGUUUAUGUUGUUCGGAGUCAGAGUGAAGGUUGAUCCGAUGAGGAAGUGCGUUAGUAUGAAUAAUUUAUCUGAAUAUGAGCCGGCUAGCAAUCCUAUCGAUGACGAGAUGCCCAAGGCAGAUGUGGAUGGUGCUGGUGGCGCUGGUUACGUCUCCGCCGACGCUGUACCUCCGCCGUCCAAACGGUGUCGUGAGCGUAAGCGAGGAGUUCCAUGGACAGAGGAAGAGCACAAGCAAUUCUUAAUUGGAUUGCAGAAAGUUGGAAAAGGGGAUUGGAGAGGAAUCUCUAAGAACUACGUCAAAACUCGCACACCAACACAGGUUGCAAGCCAUGCUCAGAAAUACUUCCUCCGCCGGAGUAACCUCAGUCGCAGGCGACGCCGCUCCAGCCUCUUCGACAUCACAACCGAUCUGGUUGCUCAGGUGCCAACAGAACAUUCUAGAACCCAACAAGAUGCCACUGCUAAUCCAGUUUCAGCCACCACCGCGCCGCCUGUAACUUCCAACACAUGUGGAUUCUCAGUUGCACCUUUCCCUGUAACCGCCGGACCUGUUUUAUUAUCAAUGCAAGGUGUGAAUUGUCCGGCGAAACCAGGAGUUCUCGUUCGACCAGUUCUAGCUUAUCCUUCACCAAAUCAACGAGCAGCUGCCGAGUCAUCGUCGCCGUCUCUGAGGCUAUCAUUGUCAUCAGGGCAGGAUCAGCCAUCAACAAGGGACUCAUCUUUCCAGGUUCUUUCAACCCUUAAAACUGAUGAUAUCCGAAUAAGUGUUGCAUGAUGAAGAAGAACAUGAACACGAAUAAGAGUUUUUAAAGAAAAAGUAAAGAUGGUUCAUCAUAAAUUUCAUUGUAAAUAUAGAGUGUUGAUUUUAAAAAAAAAAAAACAUAAAAUUGAGAAAAAAAGGCAUCUUGAUGUGUUGCUGCCCAUGCUUUUCAUCUUCUUCUAUAAUAUAUUAAAGAAUCUUUAGCCUGUUUUUGGUUGAGGAGUGAAAAAUAGACAGCAAUUAUUUGUUAAUGGGCUCUUUUUGUGUGUGUUCUAACUUGUAUGGUGGUGGAUUUCUAUCUUUAUUUAUGUAUGUGGUCAUGUUUUGGUUCCA